AUGAAUCAUGCUUUCCUUCAACAGGUUCUGGCGAGAUUAUAUUUCAGUUCUGACUUCUGUUGGUGGGUUUGGGUUAUUUACACCAACAUAACCUCCUCAGUUAUCAACAGCUGCUGGCUCUCUUUGUUCUUUCACCCAAAAGGCAAGGAUGCCCCCUUUACCCUCUCUUAUAUUGCCAGGUAGAUGAGAUUUAAGUCAAGCUAUCUGACAAGACUCAAGCAUUCAGGGAAUUCAAAUCCCUGACUCUCAUAAUUAAGUAAGCAAUGUGUCUCAAUGCACCAAUGAAACCACUUAAAUAUUGGCAAAUGAUUACUCCAUUGUCAAGGCUUUUAACAUUGUUAUCAUUUUGUUAAAAAAAAUUAAAAACAGACUAAAAAAUGGACUGAAAACUUUCCAUUCUUAUCUUGUGUUUCUCUCUUUCACUUUUCAUCAGUAAUCAUUACAAUAAUUGUAUUAGUUUUCCCAAUAGUAACUGUAUUUAACUUCAUUGUAAUAGUGACACUGUACAGUAAAUGUCUUAUUAUUAAUAUAAUUAAAUUGUUUUAGAGCGAUUAUGUUAAUUUUGGUGAAAUGCUCACAACAGCAAUUGCACAGCUGUUGUUGGCCAAACCUUGUUUCUGUGUAGUAAUUUUAAUUAUGUCUGUAACUUGUUCUUUAAAUGUGAUUUUUAAAAAAACAAACAAACCAAUAAUUAACAUUUUUGAGUAAGGCUCUGGCUCACAACUAGAUCCAAAGAAAACUGAGGGCUUAAGGAUUGGCUCACACCUGGAUUGCCAACAACCUUAA